AAACGCCAAACGAUCAUUCCCCGAUAGUGAUUUUAGAUCGUCAGAUUGCACGCUCACAAUUAUCCUUGAUAUUGAAAACAGACGUUAGUAUUCUUUCUUCGGCGCUGAAAAAUGCGACUCAGGGCAGCAGUCGCGGUGCUUGUCGCCAUCGAUCUCCUGAGUCGCGCGAGUUGUGAUUUUCCGGGUCCCGGAUCAGUGAGUGCCGAAUAUUUCGAGGGUCAGCAAGAUCUGAGCAUCACGGAAAUAAUACAAAAAUGCGGCUACCCAGUGGAAGUUCACGUAAUCGAAACUGAAGACGGCUAUCUCCUCGAAACCUACAGAAUACCGUACGGACGAAAAAGCCUCACCAAUCAACCCAACAGGUACCCGGUGAUGGUCAACCACGGUCUCAUGGGUUCGUCCGAGAACUUUAUCAUCGGAGGUCCCAACAAAGCGAUCACUUACAUGUUGGCAGACAAUGGGUUCGAUGUGUGGCUGAUGAACGCCAGAGGUUCUUGGCACUCGAGGAAGCACAGAUAUUUGGAUCCCGACAAGGACGUCAAAUUCUGGAAAUUUACGUGGCACGAAAUUGGCUACUACGACAUCCCCAACACCAUUGACUACAUCUUGGCGCUUACAAAACAGAGAAAAGUGCAUUACAUAGGACAUUCGCAGGGCACGACUACGUUUUUCGCGAUGGGCGCGUCCAGGCCGGAAUACAACGACAAGAUAAGCGUCAUGGUGGCCCUGGCGCCUUCCGCCAUCUUGCGGAACAUUCGCGAUCCGAUCUCGAAGAUGCUAGCGCCAUUGUAUCCGCAACUAACGAAAAUUGCUGAAUCGAUGAAAAUCUACGAGAUGAUACCGAGACAGUUUAUGUCGAACGAAGGGAUACGUCAGGUAGGGAAAGCACUGUGCGGCGAAAACUCCACCAUGAGACAGAUAUGCACCAACAUAUUGUCCGCCAUGUCGCUCACGCCAGACGAGCAGAUAGAUCCGAACACCAUACCUUACAUCGUUGCAAUGGGACCAGGUGGCGCGUCGAUCUAUCAAGCCUUUCAUUACGCCCAGAUUCUAACCAAAGGAAAAUUCGUGCAAUACGAUUGGGGUCCGAAGGAAAACCUCAGGAGGUACGGGUCGAAACUUCCGCCCGAAUACAACCUGAGGAACGUCACCUCCCCGGUCGCUCUCAUUUACGGCAAAGGAGACGAACUGAUCACCAAAGAGGACGUGGAAAUUCUCGGCAGGAUGCUGCCGAACGUCGUCGAAGUUUACCCCGUACCUUACGACAAAUGGACCCAUAUGGAUUUCGUGUGGGGCAAGGACAUCGAUACGUAUUUGCAUCACCACGUAAUAAAGCUCCUUUACCGUUUUAACGACCAAUAAAGGAAUGCCCAAAUUA